GGCGAAGAAGAUGGCUUCUCUCGUUUUCUCUCCAUCAUCGUCUUCUUCGGUUUUGGUUUCCCGUUCUUCUCGGAGCCGUGGAUGCUUCUUCGUUUCUAACGAGUCUCGCCUUCGAAUCUCUUUUCCGAAUGUCGUGAGGUGCGAUUUGGUGGAGCCGUUAAAGUAUUUUAACGGUAAGCCAGGCAUUCCGGUCCAUAAUGGACAGUCAGUGCCGAGUUUCUUGUCUUCAAUUCAGCCUGAAAGUACAAUUAACAGGAGUGAUACCAGGCUGCGUAUUUUCUCUGGCACAGCAAACCCUUCGCUUUCUCAGGAAAUUGCAUGCAAUAUGGGCCUGGAACUUGGAAAGAUCAAAAUAAAGCGAUUUGCUGAUGGUGAGAUUUAUGUUCAGUUGCAAGAGAGCGUUAGAGGAUGUGAUGUUUUUCUCAUACAACCCACCAGCCCUCCAGCGAAUGAGAAUCUCAUGGAGCUUUUAAUAAUGGUGGAUGCUUGUCGGAGAGCAUCUGCCAAGAACAUUACCGCUGUGAUACCAUAUUUUGGAUAUGCUAGAGCAGAUAGAAAGACUCAAGGUCGUGAGUCUAUUGCAGCUAAACUUGUAGCAAACUUGAUUACAGAAGCAGGUGCAAACCGUGUUCUUGCUUGUGAUCUUCAUUCUGGGCAGUCCAUGGGUUAUUUUGAUAUUCCUGUAGAUCAUGUAUAUGGUCAGCCUGUGAUUCUUGAUUAUCUAGCGAGCAAGACUAUAUGCUCUGAUGAUCUGGUAGUGGUCUCACCGGACGUUGGAGGUGUUGCUAGAGCCCGUGCUUUUGCCAAGAAGCUAUCUGAUGCCCCUCUUGCCAUAGUGGAUAAACGACGUCAUGGCCACAACGUUGCAGAGGUGAUGAAUCUGAUUGGUGAUGUCAGAGGUAAAGUAGCAGUUAUGGUGGAUGAUAUGAUUGACACUGCUGGGACUAUUACAAAAGGUGCAGAGCUGUUACACCAAGAGGGGGCCAGGGAAGUCUAUGCAUGUAGCACCCAUGCUGUUUUCAGCCCUCCUGCUAUCGAGAGGUUGUCAAGUGGCCUGUUUCAAGAGGUGAUCAUUACAAAUACCAUUCCAGUGAUGGAGAAGAAUUACUUCCCACAGCUCACAGUUCUAUCUGUAGCAAACCUAUUGGGCGAGACCAUUUGGCGUGUUCAUGAUGACUGCUCUGGUACCUAUGAACCCUUUACAAGCCUGGGCAUUGAUUGAAACAAAAUCUCAAUGGUGGUGUAUACUUCCCUCCCAGCUCUCACUGCUACCAGUAAAUUACUUUUUUCGGAAACAGGAUUGUCAAUAGGUUAUCAAAUUUCUGCGCGAUGAUUUUCUUUGUUCUUCUUUCUCAAAGCCUGUAAAACUUGGGGUUUAGUGGGGAGCUUUCUUAUUGUUAGGGACAUUAGACAUCCUUCUCUAUUCUCAAAAUUCCCAUUUCCCCAAAGCUAUAAUGGAUAAUGGUGUGAAGAGUUACACACCGUUUUUAAUGAUGAUUGAUGUGUAAUGUUGAUUAAUGGAAAUUUCUG